AUGUGUCAUCAAAAUACAUCCAUGGCACGAAGAGUACUAACAACACUUCUGGUAUUUUCAGGGGCGAUUCAUGUCUCGUCACAGUUUAACUCGGCUGUUCAGUGUCCCCAAUCUCCGGAUGUUACGGGCUACGUAUCAAUUGAAGCUUUGAAUAAUGAUAUGGAGGCCGAGAGAGAUAGAAUUCAGUCCGAAGGAGUUGAAUCCGCGCUCUCAUCCUAUACAUUUACACUAUGUCCAAAUCAAGUAUUCGAUGCGGCAAAUGAGACGCUAACUCCAGUGCUCAGUGGAGCGCAAUUCGUCUGUGGAGCAACUGGUUCAUCUCAAGACAGUUGCUCCAUCUCAAACGGACAAAAUCAAGUCCUGAUCGAAGACUCAACAGUUGCAGGCUAUCCCAUCGAAACCGUUGGAUUUGCUGGUGUAACUUUUUCACAGUUUGGAACGUCUGCCAUUGCGGGAGGCGCUGACUCGACUACGACAGUGAUUCUUAAUGACCCUACUUUCUUGAUGAGCGGAAGCAGUUUCGCUACGCUUCAGCAAAAUGGCGACCAGAACAACCCGUUUUCACUAGAAGUUACUCGUGGGGCUGUGCGAAACCUAGAAGUUGGCUCACCGCCAAGCGGCUCGAUAUUUGCAAAUGAAGGAGGGGAACUCGCAAUCAACGGCCUCGAUGUCGUAAAUCUUGAUGCUGCUUCCAUCGUAUCAUCAUCCAACGGGGCAGCAUCAAUAAUUCGUAGCGUCACCGUCUCUAGCAGUGACAUCGAGACUUUGUUUUCUACUACCAACCGCGCUCAAACGACUGCUGCUGUAAUUGACGUGCAAAGAAUGGGCAGUAUGUCAGCGAUUUUCGACUCAAUGAUGGCGUCGGUGGCGAUUUCUGGACUUAACGUUGUCAACAACCAAAUGCCGGAGCUGUGGACUGGUGUUGCUUCGAGAGGUCUUUCUGAUGUUUCCGUCACCAACUCUACCUUUCGCGACAACGCGGGGUCAGAGCAUUUGUUUCUCGCCUCAACCGGUUCUCAAAUAAACGUGGAUUCGAUCGAAGUCGCUGAUUCGUUGGGUUCACUCAAUAUUGUAUCAGGGGUGGGCACAAUGUCAUCGGUUUUUUUUGUUUUCAAUGAAAGCGAUGUGGGUAUGAGUCGAAAUUGUAUUGUAGACAGUGAAGUGGAUGCGGCAGUCUUCGUCAGCGGGACUUCCAGCUCUACUUCGUCUCUGAACUACAUUAAUUCAACUCAAACGCAAGUUUGUCAAGCGCCUGGCGAGCGCCUCGUUUUGGAGAAUACUGGAGAGGCAAACUGUUUCAUUACUGCCUUGUGUAACACGCGGUGCGGAGUUUGGGCCGACCAAGUCAGCUGUCGGGCGGAUGAGCAAGUGACUUCAGCUCCAACACCUUUUACGACGACCGCACCGACCCUCGUCGAGAGCACGGUACCAAUGGAAGUCGCUUCCGACACACCUUCAAGUGUGCCAACAAUGUCUAUAGGACCUUCUGCUAGGCCGCUUGUCUCUGAUGUUCCAACGUCAUCUGCUGUGACCAGUUUUCCGACAGAAAUCGCAUCCAAUACCCCCACUAUAAUGCCUACAACCUCAUCGGCGCCUACACUGGAAGGGUCCGAGCCGCCUUCUCAGCUCCCCACCAUAGAAGUGAUGCAAAGUCCGACUUCGUCUCCAACUGAAGCCCCACCAUUUGACGGUGAGACAUCUGCACCAACGUUUACGCCUUCUACUGAGAGCCCAACAUUUGAAGGGGAGACAUCCACACCCACGUUCACGCAAUCAACACGUUUCCCAACGAAUAGCUCACCUCCUUCCGGGGUCACUUUGCAGCCUUCCUCAGCACAAAGCAUCGUCGCUUCAUCGUCUGCGCCCCCAUCUUCCCUAGGUUCGGUCAGCUUCGCUCCAUCGUUUCGACCGACAGAAAAGACAAGCGAGUUUCCAAGUUCCAAGCCAUCCUGCAGUACCGCGCCGCCUAUUCUAGGAAUCGGAAAGGGGAAAGGCAGUUCAAAAAGCUCAAAAAAAUCGAAGAAGAGUGCCAAAGGCAAGGGAAAGGGCAGUGGAAAGGGCAAAGAUUCGUCGUCCAAACAAGACGAUCCGCAAUUUGACCCUUUCUGCCAGCCCUCACAUAGUCCGACCCUAAGCCUUCCACCAACGGGAAAAGGAUCGAGCAGAAGCAGCAAUAGUGGCAAAGGUGGUAAGAGCGGAAAGGGCAGCGCGGGUAACAAGAAUGGUAGUGACAGCAAAAUGAAAAUGAAUAGAAGAAAACUUGAGGACAACGUCACAGUCAGUGACUCCAGAAAUGAUUUCAUAGAAGUCACAGAAGAAAUGGAAUACAAUGGGACCACAGAACUGACAGUGAAACGCUAUUUACGGUAA